UUAACACUUAACACAUUAUUUUCAGUCCCACUAAGUUGAUUCCUUCUUUUCUUUCAGGUUGCUUCAGAGUCUUCCCUUCUAUCUGAUUCAAUGGACCAAGUAAAUGACUCUGUGGUAACAGAAUUUGUAUUACUUGGACUUGCACAAUCCUUGGAAAUGCAGUUUUUUCUUCUUCUCUUCUUCUCUUUAUUCUAUGUGGGAAUUAUCCUGGGAAACCUCUUCAUCGUGUUGACAGUGAUCUUUGAUCCUCACUUACACUCCCCCAUGUAUAUUCUGCUGGCCAACCUAUCGCUCAUUGACUUGAGCCUUUCUUCUACUACAGUUCCUAGGCUGAUCUAUGAUCUUUCUACUGAAUGUAAAGUUAUUUCCUUCCGUAAUUGUAUGAUACAAAUGUUCUUUAUCCAUGUUACGGGAGGAGUUGAAAUGGUGCUGCUGAUAGUCAUGGCAUAUGAUAGGUACACUGCAAUCUGCAGGCCGCUCCACUAUCUAACUAUUAUGAAUCCCAAAAUGUGUGUGCUUUUGGUAGUAGCAGCUUGGGUCAUUGGAGUGAUUCAUGCUAUGUCUCAGUUUGUUUUUGUCAUAAAUUUACCCUUCUGUGGCCCUAACAAUGUGGGGAGCUUUUAUUGUGAUUUCCCUCGGGUUAUUGAACUUGCAUGCAUGGACACUUACGGGCUAGAAUUUGUGGUCACUGCCAACAGUGGAUUCAUAUCUAUGGGCACCUUCUUUUUCUUAAUUGUAUCGUACAUCUUUAUUCUGGUCACUGUCCGACGACGUUCCUCAAAUGAUUUAUCCAAAGCAUUCUUCACUUUGUCAGCUCACAUGACUGUAGUGGUUUUGUUUUUUGCUCCAUGUAUAUUUCUCUAUGUGUGGCCUUUCCCUACUAAGUCAUUGGAUAAAUUUUUUGCCAUCGUGAACUUCGUUGUCACCCCUGUCUUAAAUCCUGCCAUCUAUACUUUAAGGAACAAAGAUAUGAAGGUUGCAAUGAGAAGGCUAAGUCAACAGAUUUUAAAUUCUAGGGAGAUGACAUAACGGAUUUGGUUGAUGAGAGCACAGGAUAAAUGCCAUUGACCAUAGAGACUCUUAUGAUCACCAUGAUCACUACGGAAUGUGCACAUUUUUAGUAUUGCCUUAAAAAACUGAGAAAUCGGCCGGGCACGGUGGCUC